AUGACGGACCAAGCGGGCUCAUCUUCUCAGCUGGAAAUCCAUCUCGAAGAAGACGAUUACGACCUAAUGUACGGCUCCGAAUCGGGAUGGGUGGAAGCUAAAACGUACUGUGAUCACUUGGCUUCUUUAUCCUCCGAUCUCGGUCACAUCCCAAUCCCUAACACUCCUUGCAACAGGCGAGCUUUCUUGGGUAACUCUUUUUCUCCUUGGUUGUGUGAAAUCAGUGACCUUUCGGUUUGGUGUUUCUCUUGCGAUUCGUAUCUCGAUGCUCAAUUGAUUCAGCAGUUGCGACCUGUUCAUGAGACAGCGUACAUACUGAAAUUCGGUGAAGCCCCUCCUUUACCGUCCGUUGAAUUUUCUGGGACGGAAGAUAAACCGGCCAGAUAUGCCAUCAAGCACGAUGAAAGGCGUACUUGGCUUGUGAAAGAGAAAUCAUAG